AUGAUUGAUAUUUACAAGAAUUUCUUUAAAAUAAUUUUAAAACACUAUUUAAUUUACAGCAAAGCAAAAAUAAAUGUAAAAUUAAUUUAUGGAUCUGAAAGUUGUAAUAGCUACAAUAAGGCAAAAGAGUUUUUAAAUGAAUUAAUAGAAUUUUUUAGAGAAAUUCAUAAUUUUUAUAAAGAUAUAAAAAGAAAUAUAUAUGAAAAUGAAAAUAACAUAAACGAAAACAAUAAUUUGGAAAAUGACAUAUUGGAAUAUUUUAAAUUUUAUUUGAAGAAUAAAACAGGUUUAAAGAAAAGAAAUAAUGAAAUAACAUGGAAAAGGGAUUACUUAAAAGAAUAUGAAAAAAACAUAAAACAAUCAAAAAAAAAUUUUAUGAAUUAUAUAGAUUGCUCUAUAGAAACAAAUAUAACAAUAGUAAAUUUUGAUUUUAUAAGUGGUAACGAAUUUGAUUUUGAUUCUUUUUCUGAAAGAUUACAAGAUUAUGAUUUGAAUAUAUUGAUAUUAUUUAUAAGCACUUAUGAUAAUGGUACCUUUCCUAGAAAUUGCUUUAAACUAGAAGAAAUUUUAAAAGAUUUACUAAACGAUUUUAGAGUAGAAAAGAACUUUUUGAAAAAUGUUUUUUAUAGUUGUGUAGGAUACGGUAACAAAAGUUAUGGGAAAGAAUACUUUUGUUCUCCUAUUAAUAAAUGUGAUAAAUGGCUUUAUUCAUUGGGUGGAAAAAAAUUAUAUAAAACAUUAACAUUGUGUGAUGAGGAAAAUAAUGAAGAUUACAUUAUGAAUUGGAAAUGUAAUUUAUUUAAAACAUUAUUUUUGUCUAUAUUUUUCUAUCUUAAUCAUAUGAAAUUAUGCAGCUUUAUCCGUUAUCUCAAUAUGAAAAAAUAUGGUAACUUAACAUUUUAUUGCUCUUUUUUUUGUAGAAAAUAUAACCCAAUUUAUGAAAAUGGUUAUAACAAACAAAAAUGUGUAAAUAGUAUUCAAUCAAAUAAUCUGAAUAAAAAUAAUAAGGAAUUAUGUAUUGAUGAAAAAUUAAUUUAUUACCGUGAUAAUAAUGAGAAUAAGGAAAAUUAUUUUAUUUCUAAUAAAAAAGAUUAUAGCAAAAAUCACAUCAAUAAUUUCAAUAAGAGUGAAAAUAAUAACAUAAAUAAACAAAUAUUUAACACACAUAAAAAUGAAGAAAAUAAAUUCGAAGAUAUGAUAAAUAAUCAGAAUUCUUCUAUUAUAUACAAAAGUGACAAAAACAAAUCAGAAUAUGACUAUAAUUAUGAAGAAUCAACAAAAAUAAUUUCUUCAGAAACUAGUUACGAUGAAAAGGAUUACAAAAAAAAAAAAAAUAUAGUUACUACUAAUUCUAAUAAUUAUAAUAAAGUUACUUCUUUAGAAUGCAGUAGUGAAGACGAAUUGGAAGAUUUGAUUUCAAGCGUAGCAAAAGAUAUGCUUACAAAAAAUCAAAGAGAUAAGUUAACAAAAGAAGGAUAUAAAAUAAUUGGUUCUCAUAGUGCAGUCAAAUUAUGUAGAUGGACUAAAUCUCAACUAAGGGGAAGAGGAGGAUGUUAUAAGCAUACCUUUUAUGGCAUAAAUUCUUAUCAGUGCAUGGAAGCAACUCCUAGUUUAGCUUGUGCAAAUAAAUGCGUUUUUUGUUGGAGACAUCAUAAAAAUCCUGUAGGAGUCAGCUGGAAGUGGAAUAAAGAUGAAGCAGAAAUGAUAGUAGAAGAAGCUAUUAAAAAACAUAAAGGGAUGAUAAAAGAAUUAAAAGGUGUAUAUGGUAUUAUUAAGGAAAGAUUUAAUAAUGCUAUGAAUAUAAAACAUUGUGCUUUAUCAUUAGUUGGGGAACCAAUUAUGUAUCCUGAUAUUAAUAAAUUAAUUGAUGAAUUGCAUAAAAAAAAUAUUUCUACUUUUUUAGUUACUAAUGCUCAAUUUCCAGAUGCAUUAAAAAAUUUACAUAAAGUUACGCAGUUGUAUUUAUCUAUUGAUGCGCCAAAUAAAGAGGCUUUAAAAAAUAUUGAUAGGCCUUUAUUUAAAGAUUACUGGGAAAGAUAUAUUAAAUGCAUAAAACUUUUAAAAAAUAGAAAAGAAAGGACUGUUUUUAGAUUUACUUUAGUAAAAGAAUACAACAUGAUGGUUGACGAAAUUUCAAGUUAUGCUAAAUUAAUUGAAUAUGGUUUUCCUGAUUUUAUUGAAAUUAAAGCUGUAACUUAUUGUGGAUCUUCAGAUGGUUAUCAACUAACUAUGAAAAACAUCCCUUGGCAUGAAGAGGUGCAUCAAUUUGCUCUUCAUUUGAUAAAUUGUAAAUCCUCAUUAGCCAAUAUUUAUGAAAUAUCUUGUGAACAUAAACAUUCAUGUAGCAUUUUAAUAGCUAAAAAAAUAUUUAAAAUUAAUAACAAAUGGUUUACUUGGAUAGAUUAUGAAAAAUUUCAGUCCUUGGUAAAACAAAAUAAAGAUUUUAAUGCAAUAGACUAUUGUGCAGAAACACCUGAAUGGGCAAUAGUAGGAUCAGUUGAAAAGGGAUUUAGUCCUUGUGAUAAAAGGAUAUAUACAAAAGGAAAGAAUAAAAAUAAGAAUCUAAAUAAAAAUGGAAAUGAAAAUUAA